AUGCAGCCCAGCCCCAAGGAGGACGGGGGGGGGGCUGAGCCUGCCCGGGCGCUCCGGCCUGCUCGCUGGGGAGGGGCCUUCCGGAGGCAGCAGUGGGCGGCGGCGGCUGGGGAGGCGGCGGCGGUGCUGGGCGGCGGCGGGCUGGUGCUGGGUGUACCUGCGGCGUCGGGCGACGAGGCCUUCUACGCGGGGCUGCUGAUGCCGGCGCUGCAGCGGGUGGCCGGGCCGGAGGCGGCGCACGGCAUGGCCUUGCGAGCGGUGGCCGCGCUGGGGCUGCUGCCCGCCUCCGCCCGCCCCGACCCCGCCAUCCUGGCGACGGAGGUGCUGGGGCGGCGCUUCUGCAACCCGCUGGGCAUGGCGGCGGGCUUCGACAAGGACGCGCGCGCGGUGGACGGCCUCUUCCGCCUGGGCUUCGGCUUCGUGGAGGUGGGCAGCGUCACCCCCCGGGCCCAGCCCGGCAACCCCCCGCCGCGCGUCUUCCGCCUGCCCCCCGACCAGGCGCUCCUCAACAGGUGCGGCUUCAACAGCCAGGGCCAGGCGGCCGUGCGGGAGAGGCUGUGGGCGCGCCGGGAGAGGCAGCUGCGGCUCAGCCAAGGCGGGCACCCGCUGGGCGUCAACCUGGGCCGCAACAAGGACUCGGAGGACGCGGCGGCCGACUUCGUGGCUGGAGUGCGCGCCCUGGGCCCGCUGGCCGACUACCUGGUGGUCAACGUCUCCAGCCCCAACACCCCCGGCCUCCGCCGCCUGCAGGCCAAGCGGGAGCUCCGCCUUCUGCUCCACAAGGUGUUGGCAGAGAGGGACGCCCUGCAGUGUGAGCGGAAGCCAGCCUUGCUGGUGAAGAUUGCCCCCGACCUGAGCACACAAGACAAGGAGGACAUUGCCAGCGUGGUGUGUGAGGUAGGCGUUGACGGCCUAGUGGUCACCAACACCACCGUGAGCCGUCCCGCUACUCUCCGCGGGGCUCUCCGGGAGGAAGAGGGGGGCUUGAGUGGGGCGCCCCUGCGCCAGCUCUCCACGCAGACAGUCAGCGACAUGUACAUUCUCACCCAAGGCCGGGUACCCAUCAUCGGGGUGGGUGGGGUCUGCAGCGGUCGAGACGCCCUGGAGAAGAUCCGUGCGGGGGCCUCCUUGGUGCAGAUGUACACUGCCCUGACCUACAGGGGCCCCCCCCUCGUGGGUGCCGUGAAGCGGGAGCUGGAGGCCUUGCUGAGGGAACAGGGAUUCCAGAGCAUCAAGGACGCUGUGGGAGCCGACCACCGCCUCGGAGGAGUGGUUGCUCAGAGCUAGCCCAGCCGUGGGUCUGCCGUGCACAGUGCCCUUUCAGGAAGCUCUUCGUCCUCCAGGGUGUGUCUCUUCUAGUCAACUGAGCAUCAGGGAGCCGUGUCAGUUCUGCAAACUAGCAAGGGAGGGACAACUGUACGGCACGUUCGGGCAGCGUGCCCUUGGACCUGGGCACUGAAGAAGCACACACAGACACAAACAGCCACCCAGCCUGCGUUUGGCUUUUUUAGCCAGAAAGGACAGUGAUGGGGAGUGGAUGCUGAUGCCAGGAGAGCAGCCAGCACCCCCCACCCUGCUGCGAGCUGCCAGGCCCUGGUGUGAAAGGCCAGGGCAGGGAAAGAGAUUGGGCAUAAAGCCUGGCGUGAACGGCCUGGGAGAGGAGCUGGGUACGCUCAUCCCCCUCCACGUGCUCUGGAAGCUUGUGCUGAGGCCUGAGCAGGCAGGAUGGUUGGUUUUUUCUCCAGUUCUGUUGUCUUCCUUGCACAAAGUUCCACUUGCCUCUGCUUCUGCAAUAAAACUUAGUUUGGUUUAUACCCUC